AACCUCAGCUCGACAACCACGACAAACGACAACCACCGACAGUCGCAAAAAUGGGUCGCCUUCACAGCAAGGGAAAGGGCAUUUCGUCCUCCGCCAUCCCCUACUCGCGCACUCCCCCCGCGUGGCUCAAGACCACCCCCGAGCAGGUCGUUGACCAGAUCUGCAAGCUCGCGAAGAAGGGUGCCACCCCCUCCCAGAUCGGUGUUGUCCUCCGCGACUCCCACGGUGUUGCCCAGGUCAAGGUCGUCACUGGUAACAAGAUCCUUCGUAUCUUGAAGUCCAACGGCCUCGCUCCUGAGAUCCCCGAGGACCUCUACAUGCUUAUCAAGAAGGGCGUCCAGGUCCGCAAGCACCUCGAGCGCAACCGCAAGGACAAGGACUCCAAGUUCCGCCUGAUUCUCAUCGAGUCCCGUAUCCACCGUCUGUCCCGCUACUACAAGACCGUUGGUGCUCUGCCCCCCACCUGGAGGUACGAGUCCGCCACCGCCUCCACCCUCGUCGCUUAAGCGAGUUCCGUUGCUGCUGGUUUGGUGGAGUGGAGGAUGUGCUGUGUUGGACUUUAUGCAUAGACGAAAGGUCUACCGGCGUGAAAGGCUGCCUUAAAAGGCAUCGGUGGAAAAAGCGCUGUCAACAAGGUUCAUAUCGGAAUAUCAAUGGCAGUAAUCCUACGGGGUACAUGUCAAAUGGGAAUGAUUUCACGUUUCCUGUUUUGCUCUUUGCAGUGACCUGAUAUUGAGG